AUGGACAGCACGGAUCCAGAAAUCGAUGCCAAGCAGGAGGAACUGAGACGCAAAAAGCAAGAAAAGUUGCUUGCAAAAAAGGCCGCUGCACGGGAGGCACAAAAUCAACUGUACCGGGACCACCUGAAACGGGAGCAAGACUUUGCGCUCCAAACGGAAAAAUCGUUCUUUGCGGAUUGGGAAGCGCUGUGCGUACAGGUGCACACGCACCAGCUGGCAGAGGAGUUGCGACAACAGCGGCAAUGCUUUGGAACCGUUUUCGACCGGAAAAAUGAAACCAUCCAACGAUUGGUUGGUGCACGGGAUAAGGUUCAAGAAAUACACACGAAAUGUUUUGCUCGUUUGCGUACCGUCAUCGACUACUACAUCCGUCUUAAGGACUAUCUCACCGCCACUAUGUUAGAGCGCUAUGAAACCGAAACUAAAAAGCUGCUCCAAGAGUUCCGUGAAGAAAUCGAAAGCAAAGAGAGCUUCAAUACCUUCCAAAUGGAGUUGCUGGAUGCUUCACUUGCGCAACUAUUGGCCAAAAUGAAGCAGGAUGAAUUAGCCGAUCGUGAGUGGCUGCUUGAAAGCAACAACCAAAACAUAAGCACGCAAGUGGAAAAGUGCGAAAUUAUUCGCGACAAAAAGUUCGCCGAAAUGAGUGCCCUCUACCGGCGACUUAGGGCAACGCUAGAUGACUACUUCCAAACCGUGCUCUACCCGGAACGGAAACAAUCGUACAAUCGGCUCGUUUAUUACACCGAGCUGGAGCAGCAGGCCAUUGAGCAACGGCGCUGUCAGUUGGCUGUACUGCAGAUGAAGAAGACCCAGCUCGAGCAUACCCUUGCGCUGACCGACAUUGGCGGAAGGCGGAAAGUGCGUACGCGCCACAACUAUCGUCGGCUGCUCGAGAUGAAGUUGCAGCUGCUGAAAGAACAGCACAAACAGCUAGACAAUGAACAUCAGCAAUGUAUGAAGUGGAUCUGUUCUUUUACACAUCACCUCAAGAAAGUGCUCGCGGAACAUUUGGCGUGGGGUGAAAGAAUUGCUAAGGUAGGUCUUAUCUGCACCCAGUACGAAACGGAACAAGAUCAGGCAUAUGCUGCCAAGUGGUACAGGCAGGAUGAAGAACACAACCAGACCGAACACGACGAUACGUUUGAUACCUUAAUGAACAAAAUUAAUCGCGUAGAAGCGAUGAAUAUUGUAUUACGCGAAGAACGCACCCGCCUGAGAGACGAAAAUAAUGAGCUCAAGACCAAAUUUAAAGCUUACUGUGGACUGCACAAAAUCACCAACCCGGAUAAGUUGCUUCUGUGUGGCCAUGAAGUAGUGCCUCCGGUCAACCGUAAAUAA